AUGGCCGCCAACGGUACGGAAAUCGACAGUCUGUCCAAUCUUGCGGCAGGCACCGUCUUGGACGUGGGCGGGCACUCGGUGCAGGAGAGCUUCCGGACCAUGCUGAGGGAAAGGCUAGGCUCCAAGAAGCCAGGCGAGCGGAAGCUGUUUCCUUCUGCCCUCCUCUCAGACGACGCUGGGCUGGCCAUGUGGCGAGACGUCACCCGUCUGCCGGGCUACUAUGCUACCGCCGAGGAGAUCCGCCUCCUGGAGGACUGCGGCGGUCGAAUUGCAGAAGCUGUGGAGCCCGGCUCCGUAAUCAUCGACUUGGGAUGCGGAGAUGUACGCAAAAUCAUCCCCGUGCUCGACAGCCUGGAGAGAGCGGGGAAGCAGGCCUCCUACCUUGCUUUGGAUCUCUCGCGCCCCUCUCUGGAGCAGAACAUGGCUCAGCUCAUCCCUCGGUACCGCCAUGUGCGGUGCUUUGGCCUGCACGGCACUUUUGAGGAUGGCCUGGCUUGGUCACGCACCGUCGAGUCUCCCAGAUGGUUCCUCUCCCUGGGGUCCAUCUUUGGAAACGACGCCUUCGACGAUGCCGUGGGUCUGCUGCAGAAGUGGUCCAAGAGAAUGCGGCCACAUGACCGCAUGCUGCUCGGCAUCGACGCCGAGCGCGACGAACAGAGGGUUUGGGAGUCCUACAACGACCCGGACGGCGUGGUCCAUCGGUUCCUCCGCAACGCUUUCGCUCACUCGAACAGAGUGCUCGAAUCGACUUGGUACCGCGACGAAGACUGGACGGUGACGGGGAAGAUUUCUAUCGAGAAGGACACUAUCGUUCACAGAUGCAUGUUCAAGCCCGUUUACGACGUCGAUUGUGAUCCGCUCAACACCCGCUUUGCCGUUGGCGAUCACAUUGACUUUUACGAGUCCUACAAAUGGGGCCCGGCCAUAAUGAAAGACAUGUUCGCCAGGGCUGGUUUCGAUGUAAAGGACUCUUGGAACCUUCCCGACGGGCCGAUCCAUGAGUACUUGCUUCAGCCUGCAUAG